AAUGGAUGCAGUCGUUUAAAUUAUCCUAACGGAAGCGUUUUUGCUGAACCCUGCCGGAUCCAGUAAAAACUCAGGACCUACCUUCUCAAAGUUGCUGCAGGGACCCCCAUAUUUAAUCGUCUGGUAGCAUCUUGAUGCUGUGUGAGCAGGUUGAACAUCAGUAUUCACACAGAUUUACAGUAACAGUCCUAAAAGCAACAAAUGUUACCAAAGGAACUUUUGGUGACAUGCUUGACACGCCUGACCCUUAUGUGGAACUUUAUAUUGCAUUAGCACCAGAUGGUAGAAAGAGAACUAAACAUAUAAACAAUGACAUUAAUCCAGUUUGGAAUGAGUCUUUUGAAUUUAUUUUGGAUCCAAACCAGGAUAAUGUUUUGGAGGUGACUUUAAUGGAUGCAAAUUAUGUGAUGGAUGAAACGUUGGGCACAACAACAUUCAAGGUCACAUCAUUGAAGCCUGGAGAGAAAAAGGAGGUCUCCUUUAUCUUUAAUAAGGUUACAAAGGUUUUUCUAGGAGUCUCAUUAGAGGAAUGUUCUUCCUCUGAUCUGAGGUUCAGCAUGGCUCUGUGUGAUCAAGAAAAACUAUUCCGUCAGAAACGGAAACAUGUGGUUAUCAACGGAAUAAAAAAGCUAUUGGGACCUGAGGAGAGCAAAGAUUUGUAUUCUACUUCAAGAGACGUACCAGUAAUUGCAGUUCUUGGCUCUGGAGGUGGAUUCCGUGCCAUGGUUGGUUUUUCUGGGGUGAUGAAGGCUUUGUUCGAGUCAGGGGUUCUGGACUGUGUCACGUAUAUUGCUGGUUUAUCUGGAUCUACAUGGUAUAUGUCUACACUUUACUCUAACCCUGAAUUCCCAACAAAAGGUCCAAAAGAAAUCAAUAAGGAGCUCAUGCACAAUGUCAGUUACAGUCCCCUUCUUUUAUUAACACCCCAGAAAAUCAAACGUUAUGUUGAAGCCUUAUGGAAGAAGAAGAGCUCCGGACAGCCUGUUACCUUCACUGAUAUUUUUUCCAUGCUCAUUGGAGAGACACUUAUCCAAGAUAGAAUGAACAGCAAGUUAAGUAAUAUGCAGGAAAAAAUAGGCGAUGGUCAAUGUCCAAUGCCAUUAUUCACUUGUCUUCAUGUCAAGCCGGAUGUGUCAGAGCUGAUGUUUGCUGAUUGGGUGGAAUUUACCCCAUAUGAGAUAGGAAUGGCAAAAUAUGGCACAUUCAUGUCUCCAGAAAUUUUUGGAAGUAAAUUUUAUAUGGGCACGGUUAUAAAGAGAUAUGAGGAAUAUCCACUGCACUUUUUUAUGGGCGUUUGGGGUAGUGCCUUCUCAAUAUUGUUUAACAGAGUUCUUGGUGUUUCCAACCAAACCAAAGGUGCCACAAUGGAAGAAGAACUAGAAAACCUUAAACCAAAGCACAUAGUCGACAACGAUGACAGUGACGAUGAACAGCAAGAACCAAAAGGUAGUGAAAAUACUGAAGCUGAAGAGGAAUAUCAAAGAAAUAGUCAAGCAAGUUGGGUGCAACGCAUGGUGAUGGCCUUAGUUAGUGACACUGCCCUAUUCAACACACGUGAGGGAAGAGCUGGAAAAGUGCACAACUUUAUGCUGGGUUUAAACCUAAAUACAUCAUAUCCUUUGUCACCUUUAGCACAUAUGACUACCCAGGAAUCUGUGGAUGAUGAUGAGACUGAUCUUGCAGUCGCAGACCCUGAUGAAUUUGAACAGAUAUAUGAACCACUGGAUGUGAAAAGCAAGAAAAUACACAUUGUUGACAGUGGUUUAACAUUCAAUCUUCCAUAUCCUCUUAUCUUAAGGCCUCAAAGAGGUGUUGAUCUUAUCAUUUCUUUUGAUUUUUCUGCAAGACCAAGUGAUUCAAGCCCCCCAUUCAAGGAACUCCUACUCGCUGAAAAGUGGGCACGUAUGAAUAAGCUGCCAUUUCCAAAGAUAGACCCACAUGUCUUUGACAGAGAAGGGUUAAAGGAAUGUUACGUAUUUCAGCCGAAGAACCCGUCAGUAGAAAAAGACUGCCCUACUGUAAUUCAUUUUGUCUUGGCUAAUAUUAAAUUUAGAAAAUUCAAAGCUCCAGGUGUACCCAGAGAAACUGCUGAAGAAAAGGAUUUCGCAGAUUUUGAUAUUUUUGAUGACCCUGAAAGUCCCUUUUCGACAUUUAAUUUUCAAUACCCAAAUGAGGCAUUUAAAAGGCUGCAUGAUCUUAUGGAGUUCAAUACCCUGAACAACAUAAAUGUGAUAAAGGAAGCAAUUAAAGAAAGCAUUGAGUACCGGAGGCAGCACCCAUCUCGAUGUUCAGUGUCACUCAGCGAUGUUGAAACUCGAAAAUUCUUCAACAAGAGCAAACAGCAAAGCUGAACUGUCUACCAUAUUGUGAAUUGAGUAUAAAGGGAGAUUGUGUUGUAUGUGGAUCCAAAAAAAAGCCAUGUGUUACAUGUGUGCAAACAACAAUCCUUAUUUAUCAUUAUAUCUACAAGUUCUGUUCAUUACUCUUGUUGCUGUCCCUUGUUUUUAUAUUGAAAAUAAGUAAAUAAUGACUAAUAAACUACAAAUAUUCUAAUCAAGUGUAAUUGA